CCUUGAGUGUUUCUCGGACAUCUCAGAGUAGUCUAAAUGAGGCGCCCGAUGCUUUCUUGUGUUACAUGACAUAAAGGCUGCAUAAUCAUGUUAGAAUUCUUUGGUAUUAGUAACAUAGAUGUUUCAGAUGAUUUUGGCUCUCCCCUGCUAUAUGCUUCCGCUUACGGCCAAGACGAUACAGUCGAGCUUCUUCUGAAUCAGUACAAAGCCAACCCUAAUUUGAUCUUCAACGAGGUGAAAACUCCACUCCAGGCGUCCAUUCAUUGCGGAUCUUGGGAAAUCGUGGAGCAUUUACUCAAGGCAGGUGCUGAUCCAAAUGGUGGACCAGAUGGAUUAAAAGCUCUGCCAUUUGCAGUUGAACGGGGGGAAACAGAAAUCAUCAAGUUGUUGGUUGAUGCUGGUGCAGAUACAAACGCUACGAAUAUUGUAAGCGUUGGGGUUCAGAGCCAUCUACUUGCUAAUCUUGCGGAAACAUAUUAGCUAACAAGAAACACUUGAUCUCUCGGAUUGCUCCAUGAACCUCACUAUGAUCUAGGAUAACAAGAAUAGCAAUAAAACCACGCAGAUGCAAGCCAUAAACAA